CAAGAAUAGCAAAAAAAGUUCCCCAUCGCGUGUGAUUCACAGAAAAUGGCCUCGGGAAAGAUUCUGAUCUAUGGUGGCCGCGGUGCUCUCGGUGCCUCGUGUGUGCAGUUUUUCAAGAAGAACAACUGGUGGGUGGGUUCGAUCGAUCUGACGGAAAACGAAGCCGCGGACGCUAACAUUGUGGUGGACCGUGAUGCGGAUUGGGUAGCACAGGAAGCGGCCGUACUGUCCAAGGUUGGCACCGAGCUGAAGGGCGAAUCGCUGGAUGCCAUCAUCUGUGUGGCUGGCGGUUGGGCUGGUGGUAACGCGAAAAAGGAUCUCGCUAAGAACUCGGACCUGAUGUGGAAACAGUCGGUGUGGUCAUCGGCCAUCUCAGCUACCGUCGGUGCUAACCAUCUGAAGCCGGGUGGUUUGCUUGUGCUGACCGGAGCUAACCCCGCUCUGGAAGGUACACCCGGUAUGAUUGGCUACGGUAUGGCGAAGGCAGCAGUGCAUCAGCUAACGAAAAGUUUGGCAGGUGAAAAAUCUGGACUGCCAGAUAACUCGCUCGUUGUGUCUAUCCUUCCGGUAACACUGGAUACGCCGAUGAACCGCAAAUGGAUGCCGGAUGCGGAUACGUCUACCUGGACCCCGCUCGAAUUCCUCGCUGAGUUGUUCCACAAAUGGUCCAAGGGAGAAGAACGUCCCGCCAACGGUAGCCUGGUGAAGCUGAUUACUAAAGACUCCAAAACCGAGCUGGUAAUCGUCUAACCGCCGC